UGACAUCGACGGUCAUUGUCGACCACGCGAGCGAAUCGGGGUUGGUCGAAUGGUCGACAGCUCAGCAGCCAGACUCAUUGUUACCGAUUUCAGUUAGCCUCGACCCCACCAUGGAUCCAUUUCCAGGUUCACAACCGGUCUUUCCACCAGGUCAACCGCCAGACAACACGAAAACAAGCACCUACGCGACGUCGUCUUCGUUGACGGAUCCGAUCGCAUCAAAUUCGCAGGAAGUAGCCCCCAUCCGGCUGCAACAUCUGAGCAGAUUCCUGGCCUGCCAAUCGUGUCGGCGAAGAAAGCUGCGAUGUGACGCCCAAAGACCGACUUGCGGUCCGUGUGCUAAACGACUCUCCACCGCGCCUUCCAACUCGAGGGCAGGUGCAACGUCCGGGACACAACCACAGACGCAAACGGACGGCUCCGCUGUGGAGCAAGAAGUAUGCGUUUAUGAUGAAUAUGUGCCCAAGAAGAAACGAUCCAGGGAGAGUGGGAAUGGAAGAGGUCCGAGACGGCCGGUAGUUGGGGAGGGACACGUUCCAGGUAGAUCUGGCGGAGGCGUUGGCGGACGAGAACGGGAGCGAGAUCAAGUGAGAGAGCUUCAGAAUAGAAUCCACAUGUUGGAGCGACAACUGGAAGCUAUGAAGAUGCAAGGAAUAAGCUCGCCGCAAGAACUCGGAGAAGGAAGACCGAACCACCAUCAGGUUCAUAACCCUACAAAGCCCACCGACCCAAUCCCGGGUCAAGGCCUGUUCACCUUCUUGCCCUCGACUUCUACCGACAAAUCCCCGGGCUACUCGCUUGGAGGUGUUCAGCCGGGCGUCGGGUCCCCUGCGCACAUCUCGCCAAAUCAGAAUCAGCUGUACGAUCAAGUCCAAUCGUACUUUCCGCCUCCGGCGCCAGCGUCAACCGAGCAGAAACCAGUGGAGAAGCUCAAUCAGCCUCAGAUGGUGCACGAAACGAUCCAGCCGUUCGCAUACGUCCCCGAAGCGAAUGUUCCUCCUCCCCAGAGCACUGCAAACCUGCAGUAUCCUAGGUACCGUUAUCCUAUCACGGCAGUGCAAGCACAAAAUCAAACGCAAGACCCGAGGGACGUCUUUCUUCAACCAACGGGUCAGAUAGUCCCCAAGCCGGACAUAUGGGCGCUGAACAGCGUCAAGCCAGUGCCGGUCGGCCUCAACUGGUUUCAGGCGCGAGAUCUCGUGCAAGACCAGGUCAAUGGAGCCCGCCUCGGCUACAAUCAUGACGAUCUGAAUCAACAGAUUAAGGCUACGGGAUACGCGGCGACAUUGCCACCGGUAGAGAUUCUGCAUCUUCUUGUCAGGCGGUAUUUCAACAAGGGAAACUAUAUGGCAAAGAUCAUGGAUCAGGGACGCUUCUGGCAGAGGUUGAGUCUGCCACCGAACCAUCCGGAUUAUCCUUAUUUGGGGACAUUGCAUGCCAUCUGCGCAGCCGCUUCCCAUUUGACGGCGUCCACUGGUAUCAAGAGGCAACCUCCUCGACCACUAAACCAAGCAGAAUUGUCAAACGUGGUUACCGAGACCGAGGUGUAUAAUCCGUAUGAUACGGGCAGUCUCGCUUUUCGAGAUCAUCAUGCAAGACUCGCCACGGCUAUCUUGCAGGUCAGCUUGGCGCAUACCCAUCCGUUAUAUAGCGUGCUCGAGGCCUCAAUCGUUUUACAAUACCACUGGAUGCACGAAGCAUUCCUGGCAAAAGCCUGGAUCACUCCUGGCAUCACCAACUCCCUCUCGGCCUACCUCGCGCUGAACGAGCGUCGUCCGCCAGAGCGAGCCGCGAAGAUGACCGCCGUGGAGAUGCGCGACGCCGACAUGGUCUUCUGGAUCGGAUUCUGUAACGAGAAGAUGGCAUGCGCCAUGAGCAGCUGGCCCUCGUCAUACAGAGAGGAAGACAUAACUGCGUACUUACCGACGUGCGCCGGCCCCCAUGGGGAAUAUCUUCACCCAACCCAAUGGAUGGGCUCAACGGAUCUUUAUACGCAUCAUCCCGUUCAGCAUUGCGAUAGCACAAUCUUCUUCAUCAAGUCGCAAAUCUUGCUAUCCCGCGUGCAUACGUUGAUACGUGAUUCCAAAAAGGCUCAAUUGCAAGGACUGGGCGUCUCUGCGCAAGCGUUUCAGCAACAGCGUAUAGAUAUCGAUAGCUUCUUGCUGAAUAUUCCGCGUUACUGGAAGAGUCUAUUCAAGCAGGAUGGCGUAGAUUUUGACAUGCUUCUCUGCCUAUUCUCGACCCACCUCGCUACGAUUCAGAUGGCGGAGCUCAUCCCACUGGUAGAUCCACCUUUGCCACCGAUGUACAAAGUUGGGGCGACCGAUGCCGCUCUCUCGGUCCUCGCUCUUGCCGAGUCUCUCAUUGGUACAUCGCUGGAUCUGCGUGUGCUACCCAUGUUUGUCCCAUGCGUCAUGUUUCAUUCCAGUCGGGUCCUUGUGGGAGAGCUUCAGCAGGCUCUCCUCCGGGCUGAUCAGAUAGCUGCAUCCAGGUUCGACGCAGGUUUGACUUCCAUCGGUUUGGCGAUGGACAUCUUCGGCGAAGAAUUUAGUCAGAUGUUCUCCAUCGUCGAUGGGGUUCGGGAGCAAGCGCUCGCCGACAGUCGAAUGACCGAUUUCGCAAAGUCGUACGAAAAGGUUGUCGCCGGAGAAGCUAAAGGAGGCGGGGUGGUUGAAAGGCCUGAAAUCCCCCCGCCCGGCCCGAUGGUACACGUGCCUAGGUACUGAGCGUCAUAUGUGAAGGUGUCAUGCGACUUGAGCGACUUGGCUAGGUCGAUGUGACGACAAGUUCUUCAUCAUGUCUCUAUCGGAAAGCCAAUUUGUUUGUGGAACUGCCACGGACAUGGGGCGGGCGGUCGAGAUUGGGCCUGAUCCGGCGCGGGACCUCGGCGGAGAUAGCUCAGCGUCUGCCUCAGCUCCUCACUCUAUCAUCAUCAUCGUACAUCGUCACCAGCUCAUCGUUGCGGU